AUGGAGCACCUCGGGGCUCACCACCUGCACCAAGGGCAAGCCGAGCCCAUCAGCUUCGGCAUCGACCAGAUCCUCAACACGUCGGAGCCGGGCAGCUGCAUGGUGUCGCACCCGCGGCUGCAGGACUCGGCGGACUACGGGCUGGGCUGCAUCGUGGGCAGCGCCUAUAACACGGUCACGGGUGGCUACGGGGCGAGCGGCGGCGCGGCCGGAGCCUACACCGGCACCUCCUGCAGCAUGGGCGGCCUACCCGGCUCCUACAACGUGAACAUGGCGGUGAGCAUGAACGGCAACACCUUGAGCUCGGCCGGCGGGGUGAUCCGCGUCCCGGCCCAUCGUCCCGUGGCCGGCGGCGUCCACCAGCCCCUCUCCGCCGCCGUGCCGGCAGUGAACGGCAUGAACAGCCUCACAGGGCUCACCUUCCCCUGGAUGGAGAGCAACAGGCGGUACACAAAAGACAGGUUCACAGGUCACCCCUACCAGAACCGCACGCCCCCCAAGAAGAAGAAGCCGCGCACCUCCUUCACCCGCCUGCAAAUUUGCGAGCUGGAGAAGCGCUUCCAUCGGCAGAAAUACCUGGCCUCGGCCGAGCGCGCUGCCCUGGCCAAGGCCCUCAAGAUGACGGACGCCCAGGUGAAGACCUGGUUCCAGAACCGGCGCACCAAGUGGAGGAGGCAGACAGCGGAGGAGCGGGAGGCUGAGCGGCAGCAAGCAAACCGCAUCCUCAUGCAACUGCAGCAGGAAGCCUUCCAAAAAACCAUCAACCAGCCCAUCCAAGCCGACCCCAUCUGUGUCCACAACUCCUCUCUCUUUGCCCUCCAGAAUCUCCAGCCUUGGUCUGAUGACUCCACCAAGAUCACCAGUGUCACAACUGUCGCCUCUGCUUGUGAAUAA